GUGCAGCGCUCGGGAAGCGGCGGCGGAGCCCUGCCGCCCGGCAGUCGGUAACGGACCGGCUCCGCUGCACCAACCGGAGCCUCACGGAACGCGAGUGCGCGCCCGGCCCGGGCAUUCGGCAGCGCCGGGGCAGCUGGAGGCCAUGGAACGAGGCCCCCCCGGCAGCCCCCGCACGGCGCAGGACCCCCGCGCCCCGCCGCGCUGAGCCGCGGGCACCGGGGAGCCGGGAGCGUGUGCGGGGCCGGGCAGGUCUGUCGACAGCGGCGGCAGGGACGAUCCCGGCAGGACUGGGGCUGUGCGCUGGAGCCGGCAGGCAGCAGGAGGAUCAGCGGGAAGGGCAGGGAGCGGAUUUACCGGCGCCGGAGAUGCGCUGCAGCCGCUGCCGCGCCGCGCUGGACUGGCUGGGGCUGUGCCUGGCUGCAGCGGGAGCUCCUCGGCCGUGACGGAACGGUGUCAGCAUCGCCGCUGGGCAGAGCACGAGGAUGGCAUCGCCAUGGGAGCGCCUGGAGCCCUGCGGCCAGCCGGGCGCCUGAGCCCAGCGGCAGCGCCGCACCAGCGCCUCGCUCUGCCGCCACCAGCCGGGAAGAAGGCACCAAAGGGAUGGGCUGAACUUAGGGGAGGAGAUCCGGGGGCCUGUCGGGAAGCGUGAAGGGCCCGGGUUCGGCAAGGGCAUGGCCAAAGCUUUCUUCAGGCUACAGAAGUUUCUCCGUCGGACCCAGUUCCUGCUCUUCUUCCUCACGGCAGCUUACCUGAUGGCUGGCAGCCUGCUGCUGCUGCAGCGCACCCGCCUGGUGAUCCAGCAAGGUUCACGUGGGACCUCCGCUAAUCAGGCCCUGCCGGUGCUGGACGGGACGGCCGGGGUCGGGAUGGUAGACCCCAGGACGCUGCAGAGCCCCCGGCAGGGUGCCAGGCUGCUGGUGGGCAUGGACACGCUGCAGGAGCCAGCCCUGGAGCAGUGGCACAGCCCGCGGUGGCUCGUGUCCCGCAACUUGGAGCUCAGGCAGCUGAGGAGGAGGUGGUUCCACAGGUUCAUCAGCGACCAGGAGCCCAUGCAGACAGUGGGCUUUAAAGCCAUGAAGCACACUGCUGAGCACAAAGGCACCUACGUGGGAUGCUUCAGCGAUGACUCGAGGGAGAGGACGCUGAAGGGAGCUGUGUUCUACGACUUACGGAAGAUGACAGUGUCCCACUGCCAGGAAGCCUGUGCCGAGAGGGCGUACGCCUUGGCGGGGCUGGCGUACGGAGCCGAAUGCUAUUGCGGGAACCAGCUGCCGGCCAGCGCCGCCAAGCCGGAGGAGUGCAACAGCGAAUGCAAGGGCGAGAAGGGCUCCGUCUGCGGAGGGGUCAACCGGCUCUCGGUCUACCGGGUGGAGGAGCUGCGGGCAGCAACCAGGAGACGGAGGAAUGUUAUCUAUCGAGGCUGUUUCAGAGCUCCAGAAAAUCUAACAGCCACCUUUCCAGCCUCUUUGAUGCAGCCCAAUUUGACGGUGGAGAUGUGCUCUGAAUUCUGCUCCAAGAAAGAGUUUCCCUUGGCAGUCAUCCCAGGGCAGGAGUGCUACUGUGGGUACCCCACCGGGCGCUUCCCGCUGCGCCAUGGUGCCGAUGUGCAGCUCUGCAGCGCCGGCCAGGCUGGGUACUGCCAGGUCUAUCAGACACCUGUGCAAGACACUCGCUGCACGGACAGGAAGUUCUUGGCUACCAAGUCCAAAGUCUUUGUUGCCCUGUCCAGCUUCCCUGGGGCUGGCAACACCUGGGCUCGGCACCUGAUCGAGCACGCCACAGGCUACUACACCGGCAGCUACUACUUCGAUGGAGCCCUCUACAACAAAGGUUUUAAAGGGGAAAAAGACCACUGGAGAAGCAGGAGGACCAUCUGUGUGAAGACCCACGAGAGUGGCAGGACAGAGAUCGAGAUGUUUGACUCUGCCAUCCUGCUGAUCAGGAACCCCUACAAGUCGCUGGUGGCCGAGUUCAACCGGAAGUACGCCGGGCACCUGGGCUACGCCGCCGAGCGCGCCUGGCGCAGCAAAGAGUGGCCUGACUUUGUCAACAGCUACGCCUCCUGGUGGGCCUCCCACGUCCUGGACUGGCUGAAGUACGGGAAGCGCCUGCUGGUCGUCCACUACGAGGACCUGAAGCAGAGCCUCAUCCCCAAGCUGAAGGAGAUGGUGGAGUUCCUGAACGUGACAGUGACAGAGGACAGACUGCUCUGCGUGGAGAACAACAGGGAUGGCAAUUUCAAACGGUCUGGGGCCAAGCAGAAGGACUUUGAGCCAUUCACCCAGGAAAUGAAGGCUCUGAUCAACAGCUACAUCCUGACAGUGGAUGAGGCCCUGAGGGAAAGGAACUUCACAGGGCUGCCCAGAGAGUAUGUGCCAAGAUGAUGGCCUGGCAGCACUCUGCUGUGUUGAAAAGUAAAAAUCAUCUUUUCUAAAAACAACAAAAAACAAAACCCAACAACAACAAAACCAAACCAAAACAAAAAAAAAAA